UAAUAAAAAGUGACAAUUCCAAGAUACUGAUUAUCGAUACUUCGAAAGUCUCAAAUCGAUUGAUUCAUUGACCAAUGAAAGAAAAGAAUUUUUUGGUCUAAUUCUAAUCAUUCAAAUGGACCGCGUCCCAUGUUUAUAAAAUGUACUGAGAAAACCAAUGAUACUCCGAAAUAUCUCCCUUAAUUAACAUUCUUGCCGCCAGAGUUCGCUUCAGUAGUCUACUUAUUUAUCAGUCAUACCUACGUAUUGUACAUUCCCGACUGUUAUCAGCUGAUUCCUGAUUCAUGACAUUGUCGCGUUGAAAGGAGAAAAAGGCGGGCUUUCAGAACUAGAAGGAUAACCUCCGCGUACGUCCGUUAUUCUCAACAUUAUAUUGUACCAUGUCUCAGCCAUCGGUAGCAGCGUACUUUAAUACGCGCAAACGACAGGCAUGCGACGAGUUACGCGGUAAGUCUAAGGUUUUGCUGCUGGAGCGAGAUCACUCGAGUAGUGAAGCGUUGACACAUAUCGACGACUCGGAGCAGAUUGCACCUGAUGAGAAGGGUGAGAGAACGAGACCGUUGAUCGUGGUAAAAGAUGCCCCCGUGAAAAGCACUCGUGUCAAUAAAGCGAUUCGAAAUAUACAGUUUGAUUCUUCGAAAACGAAUCUCGAGAAAACUUCGAACAGGCCCAGAAUACGAGCUAUGCGAUCGCGUGCAGUAUCCGCCACUGAUGAAAGCCAGCCGGAUAUCAGAGAUAGUUUGCUGAAGACGAGCAGCGACUCGGGAACCAAGAAAGUCCCCUUCGCGAAGAUAGGUAUGCUUAGUCCGAAGAAAAAGCUGCAAACUCCCACGAAAUCCUCCACCGUCCCAAAGAAUACCGUGAUCGACGAGAAGAAUGUUAAGGAAGAACAAUCUGCUAGCAAUUGUCCGCUCACUCCAUUAUUAUCAAGAAAGGUCGUGGAGAAACUUGCGAAUCACGAACAGUUGCUGGAGCAAUCGCAGAAACAGAACGAUGUUAAGAAACCUCAAAUGCAAAAAUUUGAAAAGAUAGAACUUGAAAUUCCUACGAGUCCACAGAAGGGAUAUAAAUCUCCAAUUAAAGCUUUGCGAACUCCAACCAAGAAUAUAGAUCUUCCAAAAACAGCCAGUCCUCAGAGAAAGAUUUUAUUUGAACCUAAAGAAACAACAUCAAGUCCGAUAAAAUGUAGUCCUAUCAAAGCAUAUCAAAAGUAUCUGUCAUUAGCUGAAAGUGAAAUACCUGGAUUGGUAUUACCUUAUAACUAUAGAUUCCUGGCUGAAUUAUUCAGAUGUGUAGAUAUGGUUUCAGCAAUGCUGUUUAACAGAAAAGAAGUGAUUACUUUCAAUAAAUUGAAACCUGCAGUUCAAGAGCAGGUGCGACGAAAUUUCACUCUGGAACAUUUGGCUCAAAUAAAAACUAUUUAUCCUGAUGCAUAUAUUUAUCAUCAAGAGAAGCUUCGCAAAUUUGGUUCAGUAUCCAAACAGGAGAGAUAUGAGUUAGUUUUGACACCAGUGGUUGAAAAAAAUAAUGGAAGGAAUACUCCUGAUGCAGAUAAUGUAUUAAAGACUGCCUCUGAAAGUAGCAUGAGUCCUACAGUAUUGCUUGAAAGAAAAAAGAAAUUUUAUAAUGUUUUAUUAGAGAGAGUGAAAGAUGAACAUGAGACAUUUUUAUUAAGUUUGAAAAGUCCAAGAUUAAUGAAUAUACCGAGGGAAAAAAUAAUACGCUGGCAUCCCGAAUUUGAUGUGGAGUCCUGCAAGGAAAUUGAACAAGCCGAAUUACCUCAACCACCUGUUGUCGAAAAGCCAACUGCUAAAAAUGUUCUUGAUAAAGCUAAAUCUUUGUUCAAUUGUGGUACACGUAUGGAGAAGGCAUUACAAAGACUGGCUGAAGCAAAGUUGACUGCAAAAUCAAAGUCUCCAUCUUCUAUGCAUGAUUCUACAACACAAACCACAGAAGAUGAUAUUCCAAAAGUUAAUAUUGCCAUUACGGACAAUCCACCAAUUACGGACAAUCCACCAAUUACGCCAACCACACAAAUCAAACAUUUGAAUACAUUAUUUAAAGGCAUUCCCAAAGCUCUACUCGAAAAGGUCCGCGCAAGGCAGGAGGCCAAAGCAUUAGAAGCAAUGACAAGAACUCCAAAUGUAGAUAAGGAAGCUGCAUUAUAUUCCAGACUUCCGGAAUUAGCAAAGUUUCUUCGCAAUAUUUUCGUGGCAGAAAAAAAGGGUGUUUUACCUUUAGAAGCAGUGAUACAAAAAUUAGAUAAUUCUUUCAGAAUAAAAUUAACAUCGCAAGAAAUGGAAGAGCAUAUACGGCAAUUAUGCAAGUUGAUACCUAUGUGGACCAGUAUAAUCAAUGUACGGAAAGUAAAUUAUUUGAAAUUAGAUAAAAAUGUUGAACUUGCAAAGGUAAUUAAACGAUUAGAAAUUUUAGCUAAUGAUAAAGUCAAGACAACAUCAUGAUGCAAAUGCUAUUUUUCUUAUCAUU